AUCUUUUUGCCCCAGCUGGGUCUUGAGAAGCAAGAGAAAGUAUGUUCCAACUGUUUUCCAGUGGCAGAUUUAGUGGCCAAGGCACGGUCGUCCAGCAUCAACUUCCGCAUUGUCGCAGCGAAACAAUUGGCGGAAUUCUCCAGAGAUACAGCAAUGGUGCCAAAGGUCGUCGAAGUCGGAGGAGUUCAAGCCCUAGUUGCAUUGGCUACGGUCGAUCAAGCAGAAAUCCAGGAGGGCGUCAUGCAGGGACUUCAUUCUCUGAGUAUGCACCAAACAUUACACAACACCCUCAUACAAAGCGGGGCAGUCAAAGCUAUUUCACACAUCUUGGAGAAAUCUUCAAAACAUGGUAAUAUCUCAGCAGAUGGCAUCAGUGCUAUUCACAUAUUCUGUAAAACACCUGGAUUAAUAACAAAAGUCCUGCAAGACGGUGCCUUACUUCCGGUCCUCAAUCUCUGCCAUUCAGGCGGCGCUGUUUCACUGGUUGCCAUGAAGACUCUGUGUAUUAUAGCGAAGGACAAAGAAACUCACAGCAUCAUUGUCGACAGUCAGAGGGUUCAAGCCCUACCUCAGAUUUUCUUAUUCCUAAAUUCUACAGAACCUCAGAUGCAAUCAGCCGCAGUAAAAAUACUCACCUACAUUUCCGCGAGCAACAACUGGUGUCGCCACCAACUCAUACAGAAAGACAUGGCAUGUGGCCAGAACAUCAACUCCCUGCUAAAGGGCAGCACUUGGCAACAGGAAGUCUUGACCAUGGCCACCGCUUUGGUAGCAAAUCUGGCCGUUUGUUCGUCAGACACGGUCUGUCUCUCCAAUCUACAAAAAACCCUUUGUUCCUUGCUCCACCGCGACAACCUCGACACUGAGACCCUUCUAAACAUUCUACGAGGAAUCGCCAAUUUUUCCAAAUUCAAACUGAACACGCCAACAUUGAUGCAAUAUCUCCCCGAAAUCAUCCGGAAAGGACUGAUGUCGGAACACACGCAGACGAAACAGCAGACGAUGCGAGCCAUAUCCUUCCUCCUGGCCUACAUGCCCGAACAAACGACAGAACAUUUACUGAGAGAAGGUGCUGGAGCAUAUCUUAUUGGUAUAUCAUGUUUUGAGAAAUUCUUUAAAAUGAUGAACGAAUUCUUCUCGAAGACAUGUCCAGAGAUUGGUGACAUAUCGGCGUUCUAAGAAUUGAUGUUGUCUUUUGACAAUUCUUCAACUGCUGUUGUUACAAAUUCUAUAGAAUCAAUCUGUGUCUUCCAUACAUUCAUACAUACAUACAUGCAUGCAUGCAUACAUACAUACAUACAUACAUA